GAAGAAGGUGGGCUCUCAGCCAACAGGUACUUAAAUACAGGACAGGUGAAGCUAGAGACAGUGCAAGUCCACGAUCUGCCCACAUUUUCUACCUGACUAUUCGGGAACAGGAAAACUCUAAAGAUGGUUAAAUCAGCGCUGUCUGUGCUCUUGGUCCUGGUAGCCAUUUCCUCUACCUUUGCUGCAAAAUAUAUCCCCAAGAGUGGGAAGAGGGUCCCACAGACUCUGUCUCGAGGAUGGGGUGAUCAGCUGAUAUGGGCUCAGACUUAUGAGGAGGGUCUUUACUGGUCCAGGUCAAAGAACAAGCCCCUGUUGGUCAUCUUUCACCUUGAAGACUGCCCACACAGCCAGGCGCUGAAGAAAGUCUUCUCCGAGGAUAACGAGGUCCAAAAAAUCCUUGAUGAGGACUUCAUCGUCCUUAAUCUGGUGUAUGAAACCACAGACAAACAUCUGUCCCCUGAUGGCCAGUAUGUUCCUAGGCUCAUUUUUGUUGACCCCUCAAUGACAGUGAGGGCUGACAUCACUGGUCGCUACGCCAACCGCAUGUAUGCCUAUGAACCAAGUGACAUCAAACUCUUGGUUAGCAACAUGCAGAAAGCUAAGAAGCUUCUGAAGUCUGAGCUGUGAGCACCAGGAAGACCACUGUGACGCUGAUCCACAGCUGCUUUCUCCACAGUUUACAUAUGAGAAACCACGCACUGGAAAAAUUCUUCUUUUCACCUUCACUUGAAAUGUUUUCUCCCUGAAUUCCUUCCUAAUGCUUGUUA